UAUUGCUUGCAUUGUAGUUUCUACAGUGGCGUACUUGUGUGGGGACAAUUACCAAUUACCAGGCAGCAUAUGAAAUGAAACAGUAACAGUUUUGUCAAUAAAAAAAUAUAUUUUGUUUGUAAUUGACAAAAGGUAGCAUGAAAAUAUCCCUCUUACAUAAGCAGAAUGGCUAACCCAAUUGGCCAAAUGUGGAAAAGGCCCAAGAAAAAAGAAAAUCUCCCUCUUCUAAGUCGUAGUCUAAGUCGCAGUAUUCUUGGGCCUGCUCUGUUGAUCAAGUCUUCUUAUCAAUUUGUAACCAUUUCUGAGCAAUGGUAGUUUAUCAUUAUUUACAAUAAGUUGUACAAUGUAAAUCAGGGCCAUUGAAUAAAAUAUUUUAACUUUAAUGUAAUAAUUGAAAUAGGGUAAGCAGCAAAUAUUCAUUGGGCCCCGGGCUGUUUAUUUCCCGUCAACCUCCUGAUAUAAAUACCCACACUACGCCACUUGAGUUUGCUAGUAGUAGUAGUUUAUUUCUAUAUGCACCUUAUUUAAUCUCAACAAAUUAGUAUCAAAAAACACUUCUCAGCUAAGUAUGAUUAAAUUAACGAAAAUAGCUUAGAAAAUAAGGCUUUUGUUAAUAAGUCAUUGACAACCUUACACUUGUGCUAAGUGUUUUACAUCUUCAUUUUUAUCAUAUGCAUGUGUAAGAUCUGAAAUACCCAAAGUUAGUGUUUCUAGAUUCUUACAACAUCAAGUAAAGCAUACAGUGGCAGAUUUACGAAUUUGUUGCCAGUAGGCUAUUGAAUUUUUGCUACUGGACUCUGAAAUUCGAUAGGUCUCCUUGUUCGCAAUCAAUACAAUUACCUUAAAUUGUGUCAAUAAAAUGGCAAGUUUUAAUAUGUUAUAAGACAGGACUAAAAUAUUAAAAUUAUCGUUACAUUUUCUUUAUUUCUGUAGAAGAGAAAGUUUUUUGGGUCAAAUUUGCCGCCCUAGGCUCCAGCCUACUUAGCCUACUGUCAAAUCCACCACUGUAAGCGUAAAUAAUGAAAUCAAAGUAAGAGCGUUCCACCUUUCAGUCUUUACAUAUAAAAAUAUUUAUGUAAAAAGAAAAAAUAUUUAAAUUAAUUUUUAACUUCCCAGUUUUAUCAUUGCUCAUACAUCAUCACUGCUUAUGAGGUCAUGAGUUUAUCUUGAUAGUAAAAAAUGCUUAAAAGAACUAUUUUUAACCGACUUUUAAUAUAGAUCAAGGUAUAACUAAAAAACAGGCUGUGAAUAGAAUUUCAUGUUUAAGUAUUUUAUAAAUUUGAAAUAACUUAGUAAAUUUAACCUCUGCAAUUUUUUAAUCUUGUUCCUCCUUCACUAGUAUGAUUUAAGAGGACUUUAAGAUAUCACAGGAAUCUGCAACAUAGCAUAGUCCUAUCCUUUGGAUGUGGUUUUGUUCCUCACUGCAAAUGUUUGGAUUGCUAUUCUUGCUACCAUUUUAAUCACCUACAUACAAUGUGAGCAUCUUCAAGCCAAGAGUAAAUAGGUUCAAGAGUAAAUUAUCAUUAUAAUAUCAUGUCAUUGCUUACAGUCAGGAAUAAUUAUAGUCAAACACCAAACAUUACCCUGUGUUAAAGAGUCCACUUUCUUUAAAAUUGUUUUAAAGUUAAUUUUCUAUUUAUAUCUUUACUUUUUGUAAAGAUAUAGAAAACAUUAAAGAUAAGUCCCACUGCAUUACAUAUAUCUUUAAGCCAGAGAAAGAAGCGUAGGAAAAGUUUGUGUGUUAUAAAUAGUAAUUGAAUAAUGAUAGCUUUAUUUGACAAAAUGGAAUAGGUGUGAAAAUUACUUUGACAUUGUACCAAUUGUAAUGGCCUUGUGUCACCCUUUUCUAACCAUUAUAUGUCUGGCUAAAGUCACCAUAUUGAUCAGAACUGAGCUAUGAUGAACAAUGAUAUCGAGAUUGAUGAUUGUAUGAUAACCAGUCAGUCAGUUAUACAGUGGCAGACAUACAAGUGUCAUCGGCAGGCUAUUUAAUUCUGGCUGCACCUAUUGGAUCUCUAAAAUUCGAUAAUCUACUUCUAAAUCGUAUUAAUUUAGUUUUAUUUUCUCAGAAAAAUUGCAACUUUAAGAUUUAUGUAUAUUGUCUUAAUUACAUCAGAUGGCCUAGUGGCAGUUUGAUACUGUUACUAUCGCGUUUACGUAAACGCGAAUUUCAGAAUAAUUGAAACAGUGCCAUCUAGUGGCACUACUUACUGCACAACUGUUUCAAUUCCAUAUAAAUUCGCGUUUACGUUAACGCGAUAGUAACAGUAUGAAAAUAUUGAAAACUCCCACUAGGCAUACGGUUUAUCGUUGAAAUUUUCGUUAUUUUAUUAAGAUUCGUUUUCUCAAUGUAUUUUAUGUUCUCUCUACGUAUGUUCGUAAAUAAUGAUUGGUUUUAUUUAUUUCUGCAAAACGAAAAUUUUUGGGCUCAAUUAGCUUCGCUCCCUAAAAUUUGCCGCCCUAGGCUCCACCCUACUCAGCCUACUGAUAAAUCCGCUACUGCAGUUAUUAAUACCAGACCAGGCAUCGUUGGAGGUGCGGCAGGUGGGGCGGCGCGCGGUGAGCCAGCUGGCGGGCCGGGGCAUGGCCGACGACGUGCUCAUCGUCCACUUCAACGAUGUCUACAACAUCGAGCAGACUACAAACACGGAGCCGGUGGGCGGUGCAUUGAGGUUCAGCACGGCUGUGAAGGCGCUGCAGCAUCUGAACCCACUCGUACUAUUCAGCGGGGACGCCUUCUCCCCUAGCAUGUUAAGCACUUUUACAAAAGGCGAGCAAAUGGUGCCUGUGUUGAACGAAAUCGGAACGCAUUGUGCAGUUUUUGGAAACCACGAUUUUGAUUUCGGUCUGGAUGUCCUGUCGAACCUGGUCGCUCAGUGCAACUUCCCGUGGUUGAUGUCCAAUGUGAUAGACAACGAAACGGGCCGGCCGCUGGGUGACGGCAAGAUCACACACGCACUGCUCUGCAACGGACAUAAAAUAGGACUCAUAGGAUUAGUGGAGCAGGAAUGGCUGGACACUUUGGCGACAAUAAACCCUGAAGAGGUGACGUUCUUAGACUUCCUACAGGCGGGCGCUAAACUAGCCUCGCAGCUCAAACAAGAGGGUUGUGAAUAUGUGAUAGCACUGACACACAUGAGAACCCCGAAUGACAUCAAGUUAGCGGAGGGGUGUAACGACAUCGAUCUCAUAUUGGGAGGACACGACCAUGUCUAUGAAGUUUUAGAGGUGAACAACAAAUACAUAGUGAAGAGCGGGACAGACUUCCGCCAGUUCAGCAAGAUCAACAUAAACUUCAGCGCGGAGGCGGCGCGCGUCGACAUCACCGACGUGGCCGUGAGCAGCGCUUACGCGGAGGACCCCGUGCUUAAGGCGAAGGUCGACAAGUACUCCGCCAUGAUAGACGGCAAGAUGGACGAAGUUCUCGGCAAGUUCUGCGUGCCUCUGGAGGGAAGGUUCUCGGUGGUGCGGCGCCAGGAGUGCAACCUGGGCAACUGGGUGUGCGACGUGCUGCUGGCGGCCACUGGCGCCGACCUGCUGCUCCUCAACUCUGGCACCUUCCGGUCAGAUCAGGUGCAUCCAGCGGGAGAUUUCACCCUCCGCGAUCUGUCAACGAUAAUCCCCAUGAGAGACCCCAUAGUGGUGGUGGAAGCGAGCGGGGAGACCAUCCUCAGGGUCCUGGAGAAUGCCGUCUCCAAGUACCCCAGCCUGGAGGGCAGGUUUCCUCAGGUAGCAGGCAUAUCGUUCGCAUUCGACCCCAGCAAACCCCCGGGCGAGAGGGUCGCGGAGCAAGUGGUCAAGAUAGGGGACGAGUACCUCCAGAGGGAGCAGAGGUACCGUCUGGCGGUCAAGCAGUACCUGCACUCCGGCAACGACGGGUUCACUAUGCUGCCUCAGUGUCCGGUUCUGGUAUCAGACGACAUGUGUCCAGAGAUCGGUAUGGCGAUACAGAAUCACUUUGCGGCGAUCAACGUGCGCACGGGCAAGUCGAGGCCGUCCAAACACAGGCAGUCGCUCGUCACGCUUAGCAGAAGACAUAGUCUGGUGAAGAUGUUGGACGGCAGCGAGCUGGACGGGCCCCCACCCCUGCGUCGUGCCUCCUCAGUGGCUGUCGAGCCUCACACAACCUACCACAGAUUAACUCGACGCGCCUCUCUAGACGACCUGGAACAGAAUGCGUGUGAACUGGCACCUAAAAUAGAAAACAGAAUCAUCAUUCUCGACAAACCAGAGAUACUCCAAGAGCUGUUGGCAGAACGGGCGAGGUGGGAAUCAGAUUCAGUGAUAAAAGAAGUCGACGACGAAGAUUCUCCGUAAAUAUGACACAAGUGUACAUUACCAUGUUAGGUCAUUUGUUGAACUGUAGGUUUAGCGUUCGUCAGUCAUAUAUUGUGAGGAGACAUCUUGUCGAUCAGUAUAUAGCUCUCUCUUUCGUUGCUAUAGGACGAAAGAGAUAGCAGUAAAUCGUCGAUUCCAACGCUAUUUGUGGAUAAUAUUAUGUCUUUUUAUCAAGAUAUCUCGUGACGCGAUAUCCUAGGCCUAUACUGUAAGUAUCUUAACAUGUCUUUAUUUGAACUUACAUAAUCAAUCAUCAUUUCAAUUCAUAUAAUUAUAUUUAUUUGUAUAUUAUUCGUUCGCGUGAAAUUCUGAUUUUCAGAAAUCCCACGGGCUUAAAUAAAGCUUUAUUUGAAUAUUUUUAUCCCAGAAUUUUCCGACAUAAAAAGUGGCCUGUGUUAAAUCGUUUCAGUAACUUUGGCGUUAAGGAGUGACAAACGUACACACUUACACACAAAACUUUUGCCUUUAUAAUAUUAGUAUUAUGUGUUGUGAGAAGUGUGAUUGUACAAGACAAUUAGACACAGAAAAAAAUGUAGUAGCUUAUUGUACAAUUUGCGCACAAAGAUGAUCGUUUCUCUAAAGCAGUUUUUCACGCUGUGACAUGGAUGAAAUAUAUGUUCAUGUAAUAUUUGGAACAAAGAAGAGUAUUUGCUUUCUAAUAUAUAUAUUUUUAAUAAGACCGGUUCCCCUUCAAUUACUCGAAAAAAUACUGUUAGAAGUGGGUACAAUAGUCUAGCGAACGGGGAACGAACCAUAGCCUCUCGGCGAUGAGUCGCACCCCUUUAUUGUAGAGUAUAUUAAAGACAUGUCAAGAUAUUUUAUGUCCAGUAAAUUAUCUAUAUCACAUUACAAGUAUACAAUCGAAGAUUUAUUAAAAAAAUUGUAUAUUUUAGCUUAUUUACAUAAGUAUUUGUUUUUUAAAAACCGACAUCAAAAGUAACUGUAAAGGGAUAACAAAUAUUUUGUUUAUAGAAAUUAAGUCGUAUUACAUAUAAUGUAUCGAAUUAUUGAUUUUAUUUCCUGUUAAUGUAAACUAAAUGUAGUGUGUGUAUAAGUAAUCUCGUGUGCACCCAUUGAUGGGUGCAGUCGAUGUGGGCAAUGGUACAUGGAUCAAACCCUAAAGUAAAUAAAAAUCACAAUAUAAUCCAGCCACUUUAAAUAUGAGGCAAAAAUUAUAAGUCAAUUGACAAGCUUUUCAUAUAGGUUAACAUUUAAAAAAAUCUUUAAUAUCGACCGAUUUUGAUGGAUGAAGAAUGUGAGUGCGUAGGUCCUCCUAUAAAAAUAUUUUAUUCCGUCUGCACUCACUGAAAGGCAACGCCGUGUUAUCCGAUUUGCACCCAUUGAUGGCUGAAACCGGUGUGUCUCGUCUGCACCCAUUCAUGGGUGAAAAGUGUAAUCUCGCCUGCACCCAUUGAUGAAUGAAAAGUAUAAUCUCGUCUGCGCCCAUUGAGUGAAAGAAGUGUUGUCUUUUCUGCACCCAUUCAUGGGUUAAACUAGUAUUUUUCCGUCUGUGUCCAUUAAUGGGUGAAAAGUGUAAUCUCGCUUGCACUCAUUGAGUGAAACUAAUAUUGUCCCAUCUGCACCCAUCAAUGGGUGAAACGAAAAAGUUGCCUCGUCUGCACCCUUUGAAGGGUUAAACCAGUGUGAUCCCGACUGUACCCAUUUAAUGGGUGCAGUAGGUGAACCACUUAUAUGGGUGACAUCCUCACAUAUUAAUAACAGCCACCGACAUAAAAAUACGUAAAAUGUAACUUAUUUAGUAAUGUUUACGUUAAAGUAAUAUUUUUUUAUACAUUAUUAACUGUUAAUUUUGCAAUUUACUAUUUUAUUAUUGCAGAGUUUUAUUUUGUACGCAUGUUACUGUUGACAUUAUAUUAUAUCUAUUGUAUUAAUAGAAUCGAUUUAUAUUUUACAAUCAAGUAGAUCUACCUCAGAUAGUAUUCUUUUUAUGUAUGUUUAGCUGAAAUAUUUUCGCACCAAAUAAUAUUAAUUAUUAUAGUCUGGCAAGUUCUUUGAUAACACUCCCAUGAUAUGCGGGCGACGGGGGGAAAGACUGCGUGAGUGAAAUCGUGCGUGCGGGGAAGUGAAGUGCAUCAGUCGUGGGUUUUUCAUUCAUCGCUACCCCCCGGUCUAUCGGGAGUGUUACGAACGAAGUUGCCAAGCUAUAUUAAUAAAUAGUAAUUUUUGUUUGUGUAGAAACACUGCCACAAUAAAGUUACAUAAGCAGUGCAGUUGUCACUCCAUAGAUGGAAAAGCACUGCCUACUCUUAGGACUAAUUACGAACCUAUAUAAACAUAUCUAUUGGUGUAUAAUCUGUAUAUUUAAUGCUUACUCACGCUAAAAACCUUUGCACGCCGCUGCACAUGAGGCUUAACAGGCGCAGAUGGUGGUUCACUUAAUAGUGGAGUAAAUAAAUACAUACAACAAACAUAUGCAGGAAGUCCUCUAAAAGAACACCGAUUUUGAUGAUUUUUUUUUUGUUAAGUUUGUUUUUUAAUACCUAUUAUUUAAAAUCAGAAACCUUUUGGCGUGGGGAAGAAAUUAUUUAUAUUGUAAUAUGCUAUUUAUAUAAUAAAUAAUUAAAAAAUACUACCGACUUCAAAAACACGUAUGGAGAAAAGUAAUAAGUGAAGCAAAUAUUAUCUACUGAUCACUUUAAAGGCGGUGCCAAUGGUCCGAUGAAUGGGUAGACAAUCAAUCGUCCCCUGUUUUCCUAGCUUUAGGGUUCGAAUUGUUAGACCAUCUUCUCUUUACCAUAAAAAAAGAAUUAUCAAAAUCGAAUAAUUGAUUAACUGUCUCGAAAUAAUUGUCUACGUUUGUUUACAUAUCGCUCUCUCUUUCCUCUCAACGCAACAAAAGAGAUAGAUAUAUUUUCGAAUUUCCGAAAAUUUUGAAUUGAUUAUCGUUCUGUCUUUUCGCGAUGGGUCAAAAGAGGGAGAAAUAUGUGAUUCCUACGGUUUUCCCGCCAAAACUCCGAAAAAUAUUGUCACAUAGAUGUGUGUGUGUUGCAGUUUAAAUUUAAAAAAAAAUCCGUCUGAUUUCUAAACGCCAAUUUAUGCUAGUUGAUAAAAGUAUUGAAAAAUGAUUUAUUUAUUAUAUUAUUAUAUUAUUUAUUAUAUUUUAUUUUCAAUUAGAUUAUAAAUAUAACAAUUAAAAUCGAUACUGUAAUAAAUAUUUAGCUUUACACAAUUCAGAAGCUUAGAAUUAUUUACAAUAGUAAUACACGCCUUUUUAUUGCCUUGCGUAGAAAGUCUCAUUUUAAUAUUACUAUUUAAUGUUUUUAUUAUGAAAAUAUAUACAUAUUAUAUUUAUAAUUAGAAUAAUAUUAAUUAAUCAAUCAUUAUUAUUAUUAUUGAAAAAAUAAUUAUGUAAGUUGAUAGAAACUUUUGUCUUCCUGUGUCAAUGUUAAUUCAUUUAUAGCCGCUUUUUAUUAUAAACUAGUAGAUAGUAGAACCCUUCAUAUUGGUAUGAAAUAUAACAUAAUAUGUUACUCGAUGAUAAUAUAUAGCUAUAUAUUUUAUUUUUAAAAUCAUAGACUUCGAAAUUGGUUCAGCAGAUCCAGAUAACACACAAACUUUAUAGUAGGGGAGCCCGGGAUGCUAAAUUUGCAGUUACUAAAGCGUCAUAGAGACUUUUGAUAGACAUUAGAUAUGAUAGAUUAGAUGAUAGGAAAUAGAAAUGGUUAUACUGUACUUUUUUCGCUUUCUGUGUUGGGAAAAAAACUGCUGAGUUUAAAGGCAAUUUCGAUUACUUCGACUUACUGGAAUAAUCAAAAAAUAUUAAAGAUUAUUUUUGAGAUUAUUUCCUUCAAAAUAAGUAAAAAUUUAACAGCGCUUGUGGCUCGAAUACUGAAAUAUAAGGGUUUUAUUUUGUAACGUUGGAACCCUUCCAUUACGUUCCGGCCAAAUUUUCGAAAUGCACAACCUUUUAGUUUUAGCUAUCAUGGAGUACUUUUUUUUUGGUUGCCUAAACGUAUCCAACAAUAUUAAGAGCUCAUACUUGGUGGAGACACUCAACAACAUGCAAGGUAUAGUCUCUUAUGUUCAACUGCCGCGCUCGAGUAACUGCAAAAAUCCCCUCUUUGGCUCCUCUACUAUUACUCCUUUAUUAGAUUAGUACCUAUAAGAUACACCUAAUGCUAUUGUUUUUUCUAUUUUAUAGGUUAAUAUUAUAUUGUUCGUUUAUAUAUUUAUUGUUAAGUACAUUAAGAGACACCACAAAAGUCAUUAUUUUUAUUUUUAACGUUCUAUUCAAUGUCAUUGAAUUACAGUACAACCAUAUCAGUAGGCGGAUUUUGACAGUUAUGUUAGUAUUAGCUGUCAAAAUUGUGUCAUGUGUGAGUAAUUUAAUUCUCCUAUUGUAAUUAUUGUUGUGUAUGUCUUGUCUGUAAAUAAUAAUUAUUGAGCAAGAGCCUGUGAUAGCUAGAUCUUCUACAUUUUAUAAAAGCUGGAAAUUUAUCAGUCUGUGUACCUAUCAUAGAUAAUUACGGUAGGUAAAGCUCGUGCGGAUCAACUUGACACCUGACACGAAUUACAUUUGUUUACGGGACUGAGUGCAAAAAUAAGUUUUGAUUUAUUAGUAUCCGACCGAAUUUUUGGUUUCGGCCAAGGCUCGGCAAAAACAUGGGUUCCGCUGUAGUUAAUAGGAUACUUAUAAAUAUUAUUUUAUAGUAGGUAUAAGGACCUACUUACUGACUUACUGUAAUAGAAGCAAAUCACUGGCUCAUUCCUAUACUCGUAUACGGCAGCGCACGUCCGCUCCCGUCUAGCGUCGGUGACAGACUGCCUGCUUACCCCCACUACUGGUAUACAUGAGACAAUGUAGAUACCUAUAUAAAAUAAGAGCCUUUAUAUCCCAGUGGAUACGACCUCUGCCUCUGAUUCCGGAGGGUGUGGGUUCGAAUCCGGUCCGGGGCAUGGACCUCUAACUUGUCAGUUGUGUGCAUUUUAAGAAAUUAAAUAUCACGUGUCUCUAACGGUGAAGAAAAAACAUUGUGAGGAAACCUGCAUACCAGAGAAUUUUCUCAAUUCUCUGGUAUGCAGGCCAAUCCGCAUUGGGCCAGCGUGGUAGACUAUUCUGAGUAACUCAUUCUGAGAGGAGGCUCGAGCUCAGCAGUGAGCCGAAAAUGGGUUGAUAACGAUGAUGAUCUACUUAUGUAGACACAAACACUACAGUAAAUAUACUUUAGUGUUUCAAAAGAUUUAUUAAAAAAAUAUUUAGUUGUCUAUGGUACGGUAUGAGCUAAGCUGAAAAAACAAGCUUUUAUAAAAUGGCGAAAGUCUGACAGAUGCAGGCUCAGACCUAUCGAAAUAGUAAAUAGACUUAGAAAAAAGACAAAAUAAUGGCUGAAUACCAGUUCAAUACGUAACGAAUAAUUAAUUAAUUAUUAUAAAUUUAAGUAUGAACAAAGAUAUUACUAUCCACUCGAACAAGUUAUUCUACUGACCAGUAUUUUAACUAAUUUUUACAUAUAACUGUCAUAAACCAUAGAACAUAUUGUGUAAUGGUAAAGAGCCAUUUACAGUAAUUCUGAAACGAAAUGCCUUUUUUUUUAUUUAUUCGAAAACUGUGAAUGCUUCUUUUAAUUGACACAACUUUAACUGUUAUUUAUACCCUAACGUUUAUAGUUACGUUACGUGUAAUUUUAUAGUAAGCAAUUUUAUUAUUGUGCUAAUUGUAUUUUACAAUUAUUAUCAUAUCUAAAAUGACAGCAAAUAAAUCAGUGGUAUCAAUUCAAAUCUGAAAAUCUAUACUAAUAUUAUAAAGUUGAAGAGUUUGUUUGUUUGAUUCAACGCGCUAAUCUCAGGAACUACUGGUCCGAUUUGAAAAAUUCUUUCAGUGUUAGAUAGCUCAUUUAUCGAGGAAGGCUGUAGGCUCUAAAGUAUCCCCAUAUUCCUACGGGAACGGGAACUACGCGCGUGAAACCGCGCGGCGUCAGCUAGUUAUGAAAUAAAAAGACAUAUUGUGUAAAAUAAAAUAGUGCUCAUGUAAUACAGUAUUUUACCUUUUUUUAUAAAUCUUAUGAGAAUAUCAUUCGACCUACACAUUUUUUUUUGUUUUUUUGUUUAUUUGGGUGAUACAUGACAGAUAUGAAUGUCUAUAUGUAUAAAUAAUAACUAAACUAUACUUAAAUACACGCACCCCAUGAGUAAACGAAGCUAGUGCACCUAACAUUGUAGGUAACAAUAAACGAGGUAAAAUAUACUAACAGCAUCGUUCUAUGAUAAUGUCUUAGUAGACUCCGCGCCACAAAAGAAGUCUCGCAGCUAAAACCUGAAUUAAAAUUGACAACACAUACCAAAUAUCAAUGAGCGCCAAUAAGACAUUACCGCAGCUUCUUCGGGACCUGUUUCGUGGCGCGGAGUAUAAUCGGUCGGUAAGUUGCUACAACCAACAAUAUUAUCUGAUGUGUACCUACUUACUAUAGCUGGCAGUGGUAUGCACAAGGUCUUCAACCAGGAUAGCCACUAUUAUACAGUGUUUUUGAGAAAUUCAUACACGCGUGUAUUGUCCUCACGAGUUGUCAUUGAAAAAAAAAAUAAGAAAAUGAACUUAUGCUAGGCUAUACCUACCUUAGGUUUUGACGACCUCCGUGGCGAAGUGGUGUGCGCGGUGGAUUUACAAGACGGAGGUCCUGGGUUCGAUCCCCGGCUGGGCCGAUUGAGGUUUUCUUAAUUGGUCCAGGUCUGGCUGGUGGGAGGCUUCGGCCGUGGCUUGUUAUCACCCUACCGACAAAGACGUACCGCCAAGCGAUUUAGCAUUCCGGUACGAUGUGUAGAAACCCAAAGGGGAGUGUAUUUGCAUCUUCCUCUUAACAAGUUAGCCCACUUCCAUCUUAGAUUGCAUUAUCACUUACCAUCAGGUGAGAUUGUAGUCAAGGGCUAAAAAAAUACAUCACAAUUUACUGUAGUCGACACAACGAGAACCUUUCAAUGUUUGGCAUAACUCAAAAGAUCCUCCGACUCGCACAAGUAGGGUUCCGAAGGUACUAUUGUCUAUAAAAACGGCAAAAAAUCCCAUUUUUUUUUAGGAUUUGUUAUUAUAGCGGCAACAAAAAUACAUCAGUGAGAAUUUCAAAUUUCUAACUAUCACAGCUCUUGAGAGGCUGCUGACUAACAGAGGGACGGACGGACAACGAAGAAUUAGUAAUACGGAGCCAAUACCCUUGUGAACGGAACCCUAAAAAGGUUUCUAAGCAACGUACCGACAGAUUACUCAUAAGGAAAUGGCGUUUAAAAUAUAAGUAGUACGUAUGUAUAUAAAAAUGAAUAGCCUAUCAUAAAAUUAUUAGAAUAUAUUUAAAAUAUAAAACAAAAAUAAUAAUAAUAAUUUAACAUUAAUAUUGAUAUUAUAAGAAGAUUCACACCAUAGACAGGGAAGAACAUAAAUGCAUAGAAAGAGAGUGCACAACGAUCCAAUAAGAAUAAAUAUAUCCUGUUGGUAAUUACAGCCUCAACCUAUUGCAAAUUAUAAUUAUCUACUGAUAACUACUACCACUCAGCUAAAAUUACUGGUGAAAAAAAUGUUCAGCUGCUGAUGUCAAAAUCAUAACUAUUUAAUCUUUAAAUUACAACGGCACUCCAGUCAGUUGUCUAUUGCCUUCGCUCUCUACGCUUCACGCAUUGUACUUUUCUGUUUUAAUUUAAUAGGUACACAAUGCUAUUUUCAGUCGGUCACUUGCUACAUGAUAUCCUAUGCAUCAAAAACAUUACACACACAUUUUAAUAUUGUGUUAAGGUACCAGAUCGUAGACAGAUAAGGAAAUAGACGAUUGGCGUGCCGUUGGAAUGGUGCAAAUCUCUUUUGUUUAUAAAGUCUCUGUAUGGUGCAUGUUACCACUGUCUAUGUGCCAGCUAAAAAUACAUUUAUAUACUGAAAUAGGUAGGUAUACUUAAUUAUUAUGUAUGUAACGUAUACCGUACGUACGUAACCUACACUUACGUUUAACAUAUACCCUUGACACAUUGUACUUUUCUAUAGUAGCAUACAAUGCUAUUUUCAGUAGGUUUCAUAAUAAAUGGCAUCCUUUGCAUCAAAAACACCACAUACACUAUUGAGGUGCCAGAUCGUAGACAGAUAAGGAAAUAGACGAUUGGCGUUCCAUCGGAAUGGUGAAAAUCUCUUUUUUUUAUAAAGUCUCUGUAUGGUGCAUGUUACCACUGUCUAUAUGCCAGCUAAAAGAUACAUUUAUAUACUAAAAUACUUAUUUAUUACGUAUGUGACGUAUACCUACCGUUCGUACGUAACCUACACUUACGUGUACGGACUCCAUUAAAUUGUAAGCUAAUGUUUAAUAAAUAAAUUGUAAGCUAUAUAGUGUAGCAGCACGCUGUGAGUGUAAACGCAAGCAAUAGCUUUACUUUAGUAGUUGUCUAAGUUGUAUUGUGAAACAUUGUGAUAACUUCGAUAUUUUGACUAUUAUUUUGUUGCUGAUACUAAUUGUUUUGUUUUGAAAUAUAUCUUUGUAAUCAA